AAAUAAACAAAGAUUAAGUAAGCAACCAAUCUACUUGUGUGAUAUUAUCUAUUACAUGUUGAGAUUAGUUAUUUUAGAAUAUUAUGUGAAUUGAAGUUUCACUUUAAAGAAUGGAUGAUAGAAGUGGAAAUAGAGGUUAUUCUAAUUAUGGAUAUUUGGAGGAGUCACAGAAUGAUACUUCUGGAAAUUUUUCAUUUGGGAUACAACAUGAUUGGCAAUUUAAUUAUAGAAGACAUGGUCACGAUAAAUUUGUUCAUAACCAGCCUGCCCCAAUAAUGAAUGAUUCUAGAAGAUUUGUGCCUCAUGCAUCAGAUUCUACUUCUAGACUCCCAGAUGUGAACUGUUCAUAUGAAAUGAAUAAUCCUGACAGCUACAAUGGAUUCCAUUCGUCUAAUUUCUAUGAAGAUGAAGGUAAGCAUCAUAAAUUUAAGAAAGCUGUACCUAAAUAUGUUCAAGAACUAUGGAAUGAAAAUGACAAUCCUUUACCACUUACUACAUUGAAGAUGGAUUAUAAAUACGAUGGUGGAGUAAACAAAACGAAAACUCAACAAAACUGGAAAGAUGGAGGGCGCAAAGAUGAAAAUCAAUCAUUUCCUCUUAAUGUGUAUAGCCGUUAUGACGCCGAAAGAAAAUUUAAAAAUAAAAAGAUCGAUGGUAAUGAUAGCUAUAGAAUUAAUCAGAAUUUGAGAGGCAAACAAGAUGAGAAUAGAGUUAGACCGGCAGUUAUUAGCAGUUAUGAUAUAGAGGAAGAGCCCUACGACCGGAAUUUAUCUUAUAAGGAUAGUUACAGCAUUCGAAACCAAAAUAGACUGCAUGAUGAAAUGCGAUCUCGAAUGCCUUAUAAUAACAAACCACAUUCUCAAAACACAGAUAUGUAUACAUACAAAAUUGAAGAUAUAUCGAGUGUUCCGGGACCUUCAACUGAAUUUCCAAUCUUAGAUAUUAGGCAGUCUUCGCUCUCUCAAAGUCACACGAAACAAAACUGGAUCAAUAGUUUUCGGGGCAGAAAAUAUAAUAGAUCAGAAAAUAUAAGAGAUAUUGACAAUUCAUCCGAAUCUAUUGAAAGAAUGAAUAACUUAUUGGAGAGUUAUACAAAUAAACCAUUUCAAACAAUGAGAGAUGCAAGAAGGAUUGCAGAACAACUAGGAAUGGAAUUCGACGAUGAUGACAAAGAUUCACAAGAUGAAUUAGACGAUACAGACGAUUCCGAAAUGAAUAGAUUUCAAGAUAGAAUAAGAAAAUGUUGGGCUAAAUAUUGUUGGAGUACCAAAAAGCAUUCGCAUGCCAUUGAAAAUAUAGAAAGGAGGCAUUUUGGGGAUCUGACAAAGAGUUAUUCGUCAAAAAGAAAAUUAGAUCAAAGCCAGCAAAAAAUGAAACAAAAUUGCCAAGAAUUUUGGAAUAUCUUAAGAUCUCCUUUUCUAUUAUGGAAUAAUGAUUUGAAACAUAUUGAAGGUCAUUAUGGCACUGGAAUUGUUUCAUUUUUCUUUUUCCUACGUUGGUUGAUUUAUCUGAAUCUUCUUAUGACCGUUCUUAUAAUGGCCGUGAUUAUUGUACCCGAGAUCUUAUUCACGGUCAAAGAGAUGAAUCCGACAAACGAAAUAAUUAUUUUGCCAUUUUUAGAAAAAAAUAACUUAUGCAUGUCGGAAAAUUUGACUUGUUCUUCAUACUAUGAAUAUGUAAGUUCAUUUGAUUCGGUUCAUCAAUGCUCGAGUAAUUACUCUGAAACUAUUCAAGGAUAUAAUUCGACUUUAUUAGACGCUUUCCAGCAUGUGCUACAGGGAACAGGUUUUAUGGAGCUGACACCAAUGUUUAUUGGUUGGUAUAAACCAACUCUCUUGAGGAAAUUUAAACCGUACUACGAAUUAUCGGAAGCUUAUAUUUUUGUUACGAUUUGCUAUUUUCUUCUGUGCCUUAUCAUGAUGGUUUCUUAUACAAGAGAAAGUGUAAGAGAAAAUGUCCUCAAAACAGAGAAUCAAUUGCAGAAAUACUGUAAUAUAAUCUUUACCAGUUGGGAUUUUAGCAUUGAAGAUAAAAAAUUAGCGGGAAUGAAACAUAAUUAUUUAUUUCUAAAAAUUAAGGUCCAUUUAGCAGAAAAUCGUAGACUUAAAGAAAUAAGCAAUUGGUCAACGUGUAAAAAGAUAUCGGUUACCAUUCUGCGAAUUGCAGUUAAUGUUGUUGUUAUUGCAAUAUUAUGUGGAGCUAGUUAUCUCAUUUAUAAAGCUAUCAUGUUAUCAUUAAAAGAUGAUCUGGAGGAUCCAACAUCAGAAGGGUUCCAUUCUUUCUGGACAGAGUAUAGAACAUCUGUGAUAAUUACUGCAAUAAAUCUAAUACUUCCAUUUGUAUUUAAUUUUCUUUCAUCAUUUGAAAGCUACUCUGAAUCAUUUAGGAUUAAAAUUACUUUAAUAAGGUGUGUUUUUACUCGAUUAGCAUCAGUCGGUGUUCUCAUAGUAAGUUUACAUACUCAGAUAUCGUGCGAUCCAAGAAAUCACUGUGGAGAAGGUUACGAUAAAUGUCAAACACCAAUGUGUUGGGAAACUUAUGUUGGUCAACAAAUUUACAAAUUGAGUUUAUUAGAUUUUGUUGUAGUUUUAAUAACUACAUUUUUAAUAGGAUUUCCUAGAAAACUUUUGGUAACAAAAAUAAAAUGCAAACUCUUACAAUUUAUUGGAAAAGAAGAAUUUGACAUUUCACAAAAUGUUUUAGGCUUGGUCUAUUCACAGACAUUAUGUUGGCUUGGUGCAUUUUAUUGUCCGAUAUUGCCACUGUUAUCUGUUAUAAAAUAUUUUAUUUUUUAUUACGUAAAAAAGUUUUCAUUAGUGGUAAAUUGCGGACAAAGUAAGGAAUCGUAUAGAGCUUCUCGAUCCAAUACAUUUUUUAUGAUUGUGCUAAUGAUGUCGUAUUUGAUCGGUCUAUUUCCAUUAAUAUACUCAUUAACAGAAUUAGAAACAUCGAAAGGAUGUAGUCCAUUCCGAAUUUACGGUUCAGCAUGGACCACAAUGGUGCAUCUUAUUAAUAAGCUUCCUAAUUGGGUGAACAAAACCAUAGGAUUUAUUGGUAGUGCUGGAUUUGGAAUACCAGCUUUUAUGAUUCUCAGUUUGCUCCUGUAUUACUACCUAACUCUUUCCGCAACCUACUCACAGUUAUCGAAUAUUAUGAAAGAUCAUCUGCAGACGGAAAGUAGAGACAAGAAUUUUCUGUUGAGAAAGUUGAUGCUGAUCCUUCAUCAUCCGCAGAAAUAAUUAUUCCAUAUUAAAGAAAAUAUUGACUGGUACUCAUUACCUAUAUUUGUAAACAAUAUAUACUUUAUACAUUAUAUAUGACGCCAAAUGAUUUCUUUCUUUUUAAUAAAAAUAUAUAUAUUUUUAA